AUGUCGUAUCCCGAAUUUGGAUGUGAGCACCUCCGGGAGGUCCUAGAGAGAGACGAAAAAGCUGCGGGCCAGUUUCACCAAUCUCUCCUCCAAGCACAUAAUGGAACAACCUCCAAAGCUGCAGGAAUAAGGUCACUGCGGCCCAUUUAUGCUUGUUUGGAAUGCUUGGCUGUCUGUACAGCGGGGAAUCGAUAUGCUCAUUAUGAGAAUUUUGGUCACAAAUUUUUCACGGAUUCUCGAACCAGUGCAAUAUUCUGCCUGGGAUGCGAUGAUUAUGUGUACGAUACGGUAUUGGAAAAUUUCCUCUUUGACCCUUCCGGAAUCUUAAAACGCAAAUUCGAUGACUCCGAGUCGGAGGAAGAUCAAACCUACGUUGGGGCUAAUGCUAGCAAGAGGGUCUGUGGGAAAGAAGGGGUUAGGGGUCUAUUUAACCUGGGACAAACUUGCUAUAUGAACGUCAUAUUGCAAACUUUGCUUCACGAUCCACUUUUGACUACAUACUUUCUCGGAAAUAACCAUCUUACGUACGAUUGCACGGUACAAAACUGUAUAAGUUGUGCUGUUUCAGAGGCCUUCUCCGAAUUCAACAACGAUGAAAAGACAGAAGGAUUCAGCGCACUCAAUUUGCUGUUGGCAUCAUGGCGAUCCAGUCCGAUACUUUCUGGAUAUCAACAGCAGGACGCCCAUGAAUUUUACCAAUUUUUGGUCGACAAGUUGCAUGCGGGUGCCAAUGAUCACGUCGAAGAUCACAACAAGGCAUGCCAUUGUUUUUUUCACAAUGCCUUUUACGGAAAACUGCGAAGCAGUGUGACCUGCGACAAGUGUGGGAAUGUCACCCAGACGGAGGAUCAAAUGAUUGACCUUAGUCUGGAUGUCCAAGUCCAGAAAAAAAAGCGAGCACUUGGCGGGGGUGAAUCAACCACGACCCCAACACUUGAUGGCUGUCUGCAGAGCUUCACGUCACCGGAAAAGCUCAUGGCGGACGCAUACAACUGCGGUGGUUGCGGAGGCACUCCUCAGAAAGCAACGAAGCAACUCCGAAUAAGAAAAUUACCCGUUAUAUUGUGCAUGCAGCUGAAGCGAUUUGAACACACUCUUUCCGUCUCUGAGAAAGUAGAAGGAAAAGUUGACUUCCCUCUCUCGAUCAAUAUGCUUCCUUACACUACACGGCCGUACUCCAGUACCCCCACCAACAACUCAGGUUAUAUCUACGAUCUCUCUAGCACUGUCGUUCACAAGGGAAAACUUGAUGCGGGACAUUACUAUGUGUAUUGCCGACAGGGCGAGCAGUGGUUCCUCUUCAAUGACGACCAAGUGACGGCAGUCAAUGAAGCAGAGGUGUUGGGCGCCGAUGCUUAUCUGCUCUUUUACACUCUUCAUGCCUUAUCUAGGUUCAGCUGA